AUGGGCAUCUCAGCUGUGCAGAGAGAUGGGGCCAUCUACGCACUGGGGGGAAUGGGUGCGGACACCUCUCCCCAAGCGCUGGUCCGCGUCUACGAGCCAGCGAAGGACCACUGGCAGAGCCGCCGCGCCUUCGCUGCCUGCGCCAUGGCCGACGGCGUCGUCUUCAGCCUGGGGGGGCUGCAGCAGCCAGGGCCCCACAACUUCUAUUCCCGUCCCCACUUUGUCAACACCGUGGAGAUGUUUGAUCCCACGCAGGGUGCAUGGAGCAAGCCGAGCCGUGCCAUCCGCAUGAGGGAGAAGAGAGCUGACUUUGUGGCCAGCUGCCUGGGAGGAAGAGUGGUGGCCGUGGGUGGCCUCGGGAACCAGUCCUGCCCGUUGGACUCGGUGGAAGGCUUCAGCCUCUCCCGGAAGAAGUGGGAGCCUAAUAAGUUUUCCAUCCGGAGCAGUGCUCCUAGUGACUACUCGAGUUUGAGCGAUUCUCAGCUGCUCUUCGGCUCCCAGUUCUGCCCGGAGAACGUGCAGUCGGCAGCGGCGCCGCUGGAGCUGGGCACGCAACUGGGACAGCACAACUCCCAGGACAGUGAGCCCAGUAUUUUCACCAAAUACCAGACAAAACCACAGUUAUUUGAUGAAGACGCAAAAGAAAAAAGUUCACUUAAUUUUGGUGCAGGAAGAGUGAAAAGUGUCUUGGAAAAUUUUGAAGUGAAUAAGAACAAAAUAAAGGACAAAUAUGAUCGUGGGCACUAUGCUUCUGAUAAGGCAAAAUUUGAUUCUCUAGUGUCUAUUAGUGAAGAGGAGGAUUUUUAUAAUUGUUUUAGUCCAAAUACAACACCCAUGUAUCCCAGCAACUGGCACGUCACCUCUGCCAAGUCCAUGUCCUUCCAGAGCAGAUAG